AUGUACCGCGGCCCAGGAUACGGCGGCCGCUCCAAGGCCACAGCAAACAUCCUCUGCCAGAAGUGUCUGAAAAGAGGCCACUAUAGCUACGAAUGCAAAGUCUCGGCUCAGGAACGGCCCUACAAAUCGCGGCCUUCGCGCACCCAGCAGCUCCUAAACCCUCAGUUGAAGCCAAAACUGAGCACAGAAGUCCCCAAUGAUCUUCUGCGAAAAAAGGGCGUUGCCGACGAAAUUCUAGCGAAGAAAGAGGAGGAGCGUGGAAGGAAGUCUGGCCGUGAUGAUGACAGCCCCGCCCGCAAACGCUCUCGAUCGGUGUCAUCCUACUUUUCUGACUCCGACUCCGUAUCCACCAUUUCGACGAACCGUUCGCCUUCUCGCUCGCGGUCACCGAAGCGCAUCGAGAACGGGAAGCCAUCGCUACGCGGAGGAGACAUGCUGGGAAAGCGGCCACGACGUUCAGUUUCUUCGGAAUCGGUCCACUCGCCCCAGGUGGUAGAGCGUAACACACGGCGGCGGAUGAGCUCGUUCAGCCCCGCGGAGAGGGGUCGACGUAGGACCAGGUCGCGAUCAAGCCACAUGGACAUGUCGCAUGGUGGGCACAGAGCAGCCGUACGAAAGAGGUCAAGGAGCAGGAGCUAUAGUAGAGGAAGAGGCCGACCGAGGUCACGCAGCAGGAGCAGGGAGACAUACGGCAAGCGUGGAGCUCCGCGGCUUUCAUCCUCUGGGUCACCUUCGAGAAGUCUCAACAGAAUGGAUACUUCAGAGGACCACAAUAUGUCGCGGAAUGGCGAGGCACGAUCGGGAGGCGGUCCAAAGAGGCAUUGGGGACCCUCGCCUACAGGCCCUCGCCUUUCUCCCUCCAAGUCGCGGUCAAGGUCUCCAUACCAAGGUCGUCAAAGUCCGAGCGCUUACUCCAGGAGACGCCAUGUGAGGUCACCGAGCCCGUACAAAAAGAGAGAUGGCGUGCCGGCUGUGGGCAGCGCCUAUUCUGAACGAUAUCAUCGAUUUGGCGACCGACGCCCGGAGCGGACUGCCAGGAAUGGCCCGCCGCCCCAGCCACCUCUUCAGAGAGAGCGCAGCCUGAGUCCUUACAGUAAGCGAGUGGCUAUGACGCGGGCAAUGCAAGCGGGUCGAUGA